AGUCGACUCUCGACUCCCAGAUCCUAACGAAAGAUCCUAGCUAGGUAGCUGGAGCUGUGUGGUAGGGUUACUAUUUAUCUGCUGGAGGCAAAAUCAAGUUUAUAUCUGCGCAAAGUUAGGGAAUAACGCUAAUGGACUGCAGCGUGGGGAAGAAAACAGGGUGAAUGGUGGUUAGGGAAUAUUUAAAGCGCAUGCUAACGGGAGUGGGUUAUACACCGCGACUGAACACGAAUUAACAAAACAACGUACGCUUCGGGGAAAAAUAUAUCAUGCACUAAACUAUGAGUGAAGCCGGGUGCAAAUCACUAGAAACUACCUAGAAAUGGAUUGUAAACAAUGCAUACGAGUGAAAGGACUGCGGGGAAUUUACUUCCGGUAUCGGUGCGUGACGUAGGUAGCUGGGUUCGUCCGGCGCUUUGGUGUGUUGAGAGAGAUGUGGCUGAAUCCGGCCGAAGUGUCGCUGAAAAAUGCGCUGAAUCUCUGGAUCACGGACAAAUCUAACGAUUAUUUCCUUCUACAGCGAAGAAGGGGCCAUGGAGACACCGGGGGCAAAUUCACAGCACAAGACUUGUCCAGCUUUUGCAUUCCCGGAAAGUCCACACACUUCUCCAUGACGAGGAGGAGUGUGUAACGAAGAAAAAAGAGUAUGUUGGUGGGAGCACUGGACACCGUACUGGACUCAAACGCACGAGUCGCUCCAUUUCGGAUCCUUCUACAAGUUCCGGGUUCGCAAAGCAGCUGGGUCAUUGCCAGUGGAGCCACAGCAGAAGAAAUUCAGAAACACUGGAAAUGGCUGGACAUGAACUUGUUGCCGUACAUGUCGGUAUUUGAGAACAAACAGGAUGCUGCAAACUUUGCACAGGGAAAAGUCAAGGGCCUUAUUGCUGAAGAGGUGCUAGUUGGCCAGGCGGCACUGGAAGAUGACCCGACGCGUUUCCGUGAGGCGAUGGUGAGAUUCGAGCAGCGAUUCGGCCUCCCGCUAAAAGAAAAAUUGGUGGCUCAUUACUCCUGCUGCUGCUGGAAAGGCCGAGUGCCGCGACAAGGCUGGAUCUACCUCUCCACCAAUCACCUGGCUUUCUACUCCUUCCUGCUCGGAAAAGAGGUGAAGCUUCUGAUCCCAUGGGCAGAAGUCACAGCUCUGGAGCACGUGACCUUCGGUCUUAUCAACGACGCAAUCCGAGUCCAAACGCGGCAGAAGCAGCGUGAAUUCUCCAUGUUCGUUGAUGUGGAUGAAGUGAUGACGGUGAUGACACAGCUGGGCGAUAUGGCACUGCGAAGACUGUUCGAUAACGGCAAAAUGGAACCGGAUUCCAAUAUUACUAAACGGACACUUCAGCAGCAGGCUCUGUGUCAGUACGUGUUGUCUCUGUUCGGUCUCCCACGCUCUGAGACGCUAAAGGAAGUGAUGCGAUGUGCAGUUUGGACUCCUCAUGCUCGAUGUCACACGGCUGGAAAUCUUUACGUUACAGAAAAUUACAUGGCUUUCAGCAGCCUUCAGGACGGACAGUGCACACUCCUCAUUCCGCUCUCUGAGGUGCAGUCUGUGGAGAAGGCAGAGAGCACUGGUGCACUGCCCAACCCUGUGAUCAUCAGCGUGCGCUCGAUGCGGGCUUUCCAGCUGAUCGAGGUGACGCGGCGAGACCAGCUGGUGGACAAUCUGAAUGCCCGGCUCCGAGUGUUGCACUGGAACAGCAAACGCAGGAAGACUCUGAUUUCCUCAACCCCAUAUUAUACAUUUUGUUACGACACGGAUGACACUCUCAAUCCCGUCAUUUUUGAGGAAGCGUUAAUCACCACAUUCCAAACCAGCCAAUCAGAAUCCUCUGAGCACAGGCAUCUGUGGGAUGAGCACUUGGAAGAGUUCGGGCGUGGCGUGCACAUGUUCCGCACUGAGAAAACGCAGAAACUGGUGGCCGCGGGCAUCCCGGAAUCUCUGCGUGGAGAGAUGUGGCUGACCUUUUCAGAUGCAAGAUCCUCUCUGAACACACACUCGCACUCUUACUCUGAUUUACUGAAGGAGAGGAUAAAUGAGCAGACAAGUGAUGAGAUUGAGAGAGACCUGCGGCGCUCGCUGCCUGAACACGCUGCGUUUCAAUGUGAGACGGGUAUUGCAGCACUGCGCAGAGUACUGAGCGCCUACGCCUUCCGUAACCCAGGCAUCGGCUACUGCCAGUCUAUGAACAUUUUAGCAUCAGUGCUGCUGCUCUACACGAGAGAGGAAGAAGCCUUCUGGCUGCUGGUCACAGUGUGUGAAAGAAUGCUGCCCGAUUACUUCAACCGCAGAGUCAUUGGUGCUCAGGUGGACCGCUCCGUGUUCGAGGAGCUGAUCCGUGAGCGCUUGCCGCACCUUGCCGAACGUGUCCCAGACCUUACAGCUCUCUCAUCGCUCUCGCUCUCCUGGUUCCUCGCUCUGUUCCUCAGCGCUGUUCCGCUUCGUAGUGGUCUGCGUAUCCUCGACUGCUUCUUCUGCCAUGGCGUCAGAAUCAUUUUCCAGCUCGGCCUAGCUGUGCUUGAUGCUAACGUCGAUGAGAUUUGUGCUAGCACCGAUGAUGGGCAGUCUCUGAUGAUACUGACCAGUUUCCUGGAGCGUGUCAGAGACGAUGAGGGGUCGUGUGUGAGUUCUGAAGACUCCGGGUCUGAAGGACACACACAAAUCAGCGCUCUGAUCAGUGAUGCAUAUGAGAAAUUUGGGGACCUGACGGUAAAGCAACUGGAAAGGAUGAGAUCGAGACACAGAAUCCAAGUGCUUCAGGCUCAUGAGGACACAACUAAAGAGAACACGCUGCGGCUCGUCUCUCCUGGUGUCUCGCUCUCUCAGGAGGUUCUGUCAGAACUCUACGACCUUUUUAAGACAGAACAUUUCAUUAACCUGUACUGGGCAGACGCCGUGUGUUCCGCCUCUCCUGAACAGUACCAGGUGGACCGAGCCCAGUUUAAGAGCCUGUACCAGCUGUUGAUGCCAUGGCCGUGUGGAUCACACACUGAUAUACUGGCACAGAGAACCUUCAACCUGCUGGACCAGGAUGGACGAAACCACAUCACAUUCAACCAGUUUGCCCGCUGGAUCGACAUCCUGUACUGUGAAGAGCUGAAUGAGAAGGUCAGACUCCUCUAUCGUCUCCACAUUCCACCCGCCCUGACUGAAAAUGAAUCCAAUCCUUCUCCUUUGAAGCCUCACAUCCUUUCCACCACCAGACCUCUCUGUGUCAACCUGCCCAAUGGAGAGGGGAAAAGCUAUGAAGAGCAGCUGAAGCAGAUGUUGAAGGAUUUGGGCAAGGAGAAAGACAAAGGUCUGGAGAAACCACUGCCUCAUAUGAAACAACGAGAGUUCGUCCAAUUUUGCAAGACGCUGUGCAGCAUGUUCCAUGGCAUCCCUGGUGAAAAUGAACUCUUCCAAGCCAUAGCUGUGGUCACCAGUUUAGUACUGCAGAUCGGUGAGGCCCGGAACAAGGGAACUGAACCGAAGGAAUCGGACCAGGCGGCCUCUGCUUCUGCCAGAGGGAGCGUGUCGGAGGCAGACACUGAUUGGACGGUGAGUUUUGAGCAGAUUUUGGCCUCGCUGCUGACCGAGCAGGUACUGGUAAACUUCCUGGAAACACCAGUGGAUCUCGGUGAGAAGAUUGUGGUGGCGAAGGAGAAGCAGUAUCAUCAGCGAUCAGGACUGCUAAUGGUCCAGCACAGCAUCAGCUGAGACCUGACUGACCUCUUUAGAUGCUUGACUAAAAGGAAGCUGUGAUUCUAUAGCCAAUUUCUUGGGUUUUGCUCAAUCCAUGUGCAACAAGGAAACACCAGGGAUGGGGUAGAAAAACAGAAAGAGCCAUUUCUACUCAUCCCUGUGGCAGAAGAAGAAAUCAACAUUUUGUAGGUUGGAAUAAAAGUAUUAGAAUCAGUAUGGUCCUUCAUGAUAGGGGGGGGAAAAAGUGUUUUCUCAGUUAAUUCUGGAGCAUCAACCAUUUCAGUUCUGCACUGAUUCAGUCACAGGUCUGUAAGUUCCUCGGUUUCAGCUCAGUCCAAGAAUUGUGAAAGGAGAAGUACACGAAGUAUGAGAACAUAGAAACGAGAGACUCUUGGCUAGUGGCUCACCAGGCUACAGCAGGGUUUAUAGACACUCCUGAGUUCACUAGGCUUUAAAUGUUUCUAAUUAGAAUCUGGGUGAAAUGGGGAACAUAAGAGACACACUGCUUGCUAAUGUGAUUUACAGAGAAGGAAAUAAAACCAGACAGAAGUAGUUAGUUAGUAUUUGAUCCACUUGUUCUCUCUGGAGGACCAGGUGGUGGAUCUCAGUGGCCCAGUGACAACGGUGAGGGUCUGUGAAUGUUUUUUGACCAUUAAGGGGAAGCUGGUCUUUCCUUAAAUAAGAUUAAACUAUUAAACCAUGGGGCCAAGGAGUUCAGAUGUGAUGUUCUUAUUUCACUGACCAUAUAUGGGGGGGACAAAAACAAAACAGUGCCUUAAUGAUUACACCACACACUUGUAUGAUGUAGCACACAGAACUGAUGUGAGGAAUUUAAAGUUUACCAUCCUGUGGAAAAAGAAUAAAAAAAAAAAAGCUUAGAAAUGUACAUGACGCAUCCAAAAUGUAGAAGCACUGACCUUAAAAAAAAAAGUACUAAAUGACCAUUUCUGUGGAGUGUUAUAAAUCUGUACCAUCUUUUUUAAUGAUCUUCUGUUCCUGUGUAUGAUUAAAGCGAAAAUCUCUGCACUUUCCCCCACAUCGUGCCUUCAACACUGAUCUCACAGCUGAAUUCAGACCAUCAGUUCUUUUUUUUUUUUAAUCACGUGAAAUAUUUAAUAUUUUUUAAUCCUGUAAACAUUUUUUCAUUUUGUCUAAUAUUACAAUAAAACUCUUACACCAAA